AUGGCAACUACUCGGCCCACAAAAUGGUACAGCUGGUAUGCUGAUACUGAUUCGAAGGAGGACAGAAAGUUGAUCCUGAAAUUGGAUCUCUUGAUCGUUCCCGUUGCCGUUAUCAUGUAUUGGAUCAAAUACAUUGAUCAAUCGAACAUCAACAAUGCCUAUGUUGCUGGUCUUUCCGAUGACCUCGGAUUUUAUGGCAAUGAGUUGGUCCACUUGCAGACAAUGUAUACAGUGGGAGCCGUGGUCGGCCAGUUACCCUUCACUGUCCUCUUUCCAAAGCUCCCAAUGCAUUGGUUAAUACCCGGUCUCGACAUUGGCUGGGGAAUCUUCACUCUCUUGCAAUACCGAGCCAAAGGAUACUCCGAAAUGAUGGCUUAUCGAUUCCUCGUAGGCUUAUUGGAGAGCGCUUACUUCCCUGCGGUCCACUACGUCCUAGGUUCCUGGUAUAAAUCGUACGAAAUUGGCCGAAGGGGUGGCGUGUUCUAUACCGGAUUGACACUGGGAACCUUAACCUCCGGACUUAUCCAGAGCGCGGCUUCUGCAAAUCUUGAUGGAAAGAACGGACUUGCUGGCUGGCGUUGGAUGUACGUUAUCGUUUCGAUAAUGACAUUUGCUGUUGGCUUCGCUGGCAUCUGGUUGUGGCCGGGAACGCCGGACAAGCCCAACCUUUUCAUCCUUACAAAGGAAGAGGUCGAGCUGGCGAAACAUCGAACCGGUGACAUUGGCCAGAAGCCAGGUUCUGGCUUCUCGUGGAACAUUGUCACGCGCGUGUUUUUGCGGUGGCGCUUUUGGAUACUGGUGCUGUGGGCCAUCUUCUUCUGGAAUGCCUGCUACAACACUAAUGCUGGUGGAUAUCUGCUCUGGCUGAAAAGUUUGGACCGGUACUCUGCCUCGAGGGUUAACCAGCUCGGCACUUCUUCUCCCGGCAUCGGUAUAUUCUAUGUCCUUUUUAUCUGCUUCGGAUCCGAUAUGUUCUUAGGACGAGCCGGCGCAAUUACACUCGCACAUGUCUGGAACUUGAUUGGACUGAUAAUUCUCCUUGUGUGGGACGUACCGGAGUCCGCGUUGUGGUUCGCGUUCAACACAACAUAUUCAGCCGUUGCCAUGUCUUCAGUGCUUUACGGCUGGGCGAAUGACAUCCUGAAGCAUGACAUUGACGAGCGUGCCUUUACUCUUGUCGCGAUGAAUGCCAUCGCGCAAUCAACGACUGCCUGGACCCCACUUUUGGUUUUUAAGACGGUUGAGGCGCCAAGGUUCCUAAAAGGCUAUGCCUUUACCGCGGCCAAUGCCGUAGCAUUGAUUGUGAUGACUCAAUUUAUCAGAAUCUUACACAAUAGACAAGAGAGACUUUAUGAGAAGCAACAUAGUCUCGAAACCGAAUCUCCGAUGGCGCAAGACAUCCAGGUAUCGGCGAACAAAGACAUCGGUAGACAGAACUAG